AUGGAGAAGAUAUCAGACAAGAUAAAUGCCCUUCCCCAGGAUGCGCACUAUUUCUCCCUGGAGUUUUUCCCUCCAAAAACUCAGAUGGGAUCAUCCAACCUCCAAGCCCGGUUAGAGCGUAUGUCCCAGGCCCUACGGCCUCUGUUCGUGACAGUCACAUGGGGUGCUGGCGGAAGCACGGCUGCCAGGUCCCUUGAAUUGGCAGAGAUAUGCCAAAGACAACUUGGAUUAACGACAUGUCUCCAUUUGACCUGUACGAACAUGAACCGGACAUUGAUAGAUGAAGCCCUGGAAGAGACAAAGGCAUUAGGUAUCCGGAAUAUUCUUGCUUUGCGUGGUGACCCGCCACGAAGCGAGGAGUACAAUAUAGAUGGUGAGGACGACAGCAAUAAGGAUUUCAAUUAUGCAGUGGACCUUGUGAGAUAUAUCCGAAAGAAAUAUGGUGAUUACUUCUGCAUCGGUGUCGCGGGAUACCCUGAGGGUCAUGCGGAUGAGUCUCAUCCAGAAGUGCAAGACCCGUUGAAAGAUUUGCCUUACUUGAUAGAGAAAACUCAAGCUGGCGCAGACUUCAUCAUGACCCAGUUAACGUACGACAUCGAAGCAUAUAAGAAGUAUGAAGCCUUGCUCAGGAACCAUGAGUCCGGAACUUUCAAGACCAUCCCUAUUAUACCCGGCUUGAUGCCCAUUCAAAGCUAUCACACUCUGACCAGGGUUACUAAGCUGAGCCAUGCCAAAAUUCCUCCAGAGGUACUGGCAAAAGUUGAAGCUUGUAAGGCUGAUGAUGAGGCUGUGAAGCAAGUUGGUGUCGAUAUCGUGAGUGAGCUUGUAGAAGAUAUAAAAAAGAUUGCCACGCCUGGGCAUCGCGGCUUCCAUUUCUAUACCCUCAACCUGGAGAAAUCAGUAUCCUUUAUUUUGGAGCGGUGCAAGUUGAUUCCUCCAUCAUCCGAAGCGUCUAGCGAUAGCGAGCUUGAUUUUGAGUCCGCUGUCUAUGCCGCUUCAGGUGCAUCAAACGGUGUUGUAACUCCCGACGGCAGAUCAACAAACGUCAGCCGAAUGCGGGCUUGCUCGAUGAAUUCACAACCUCACAACCGUGUCAUUGUCGAUAGACUCACUCGUGCCUCUGACAGAUCUGAACGAAGUUCUACCGUACAUGAAACUUCCGCGCAAACGGCAGGGUACCCUGCCCUCAACCCACCGACUCGUAACACCGCCCUGCAAAUAUCUGAGGGUCUUGGUUCUCUAGGACGAGAAGCUACAUGGGAUGACUUCCCCAACGGUCGAUGGGGUGAUGCCCGUUCUCCAGCCUUCGGUGAAAUCGACGGAUACGGACCAUCACUCCAUGUAACGGCACAGGUAGCUAGGAAAUUAUGGGGCACCCCAACCUCCAGAGAUGAUAUCAGCAACAUCUUCAAAAGACUAUUAUCCGGUGAACUGCACGCUGUUCCCUGGUCUGAAGGUGGGGCUGGUGAAGAAGGCGGCCUUAACCCAGAGACCGCCACAAUCAAAACCGAGCUCCUUAAGCUGGUCGAGCGCCAGGGAUGGUGGACGCUUGCAUCUCAGCCAGCAGUUAACGGCGUACGUAAUGACCACCCGGUAUUCGGCUGGGGACCUAAAGGCGAAGGUUUCGUGUUCCAGAAGGCUUUUGUCGAAUUUUUCUGUCCAGGGGAAGACUUCCACGCAAAACUAAAGCCUUUGCUCCAGAGUUACGGCCAUGAUGAGUUCGCCUGGUUUGCUACGAAUUCUAAGGGAGAUUUUGAGUCAUCUACCUCAACAGAAACAUCGACGCCGUCACCUCCAGAUCCUGCUGAAGUCCCUUUUGAUGCAGACCCAUUGACCGAGCUGGAUAAUGGCAGCGUCAAUGCUGUAACCUGGGGUGUGUUCCGCAAUAAAGAAAUCGUUACCCCAACUAUCAUUGAGGCAGUGAGUUUCCGGGCAUGGGGAGAAGAAGCGUUUGGCAUUUGGGAAGAAUGGAGACGCGUAUUCCCUCGAGGAAGCGCAAGUGAGAAGCUUAUAAGGGAAGUUAAGGAUAAUGUAUGGUUGGUUUGCGUUGUUGGCCAAAACUUUGGGGCCGGUGGGGAGGUUGGAAAGGAGUCCAACGAUGAAGAUGGGAAAUUACUUUGGAAGGUAUUGGCUGGGGAACAAACGAAGUAA